GCGGUGCCUCCGCCCACGCGAGUUAGAAAUCGGCCUUAGACAAGAUGGAAGGGGAGAAGCGGCCGGCGCCCUACGAGGGCCUGUUUGCCGACGGGCACCUGAUCCUGUGGACGCUGUGCUCGGUGCUGCUGCCCGUGUUCAUCACCUUCUGGUGCAGCCUCCAGCGGUCCCGCCGCCAGCUGCACCGCCGGGACAUCUUCCGCAAGAGCAAGCACGGGUGGCGCGACACGGACCUGUUCAGCCAGCCCACCUACUGCUGCGUGUGCACGCAGCACAUUCUGCUGGGCGCCUUCUGCGACUGCUGCGGGCUGCGCGUGGACGAGGGCUGCCUCAAGAAGGCCGACAAGCGCUUCCCGUGCAAGGAGAUCAUGCUUAAGAGUGACGGCAGGGCCCUGGACGCCAUGCCCCACCACUGGAUCCGGGGCAACGUGCCCCUGUGCAGUUGCUGCGUGGUUUGCAAGCAGCAGUGCGGCAGCCAACCCAAGCUCUGCGAUUACAGGUGCAUUUGGUGUCAGAAAACGGUACAUGAUGAGUGCAUGAAAAAUAGUUUAAAGAACGAAAAGUGUGAUUUUGGAGAAUUCAAAAAUCUCAUCAUUCCACCAAGUUACUUGACCUCUAUUAAUCAGAUGCGUAAAGACAAAAAAACAGAUUAUGCGGUGCUAGCCUCUAAGCUUGGAAAGCAGUGGACCCCAUUAAUAAUCCUGGCCAACUCUCGUAGUGGAACUAACAUGGGAGAAGGGCUGCUGGGAGAAUUUAGGAUCCUCCUAAACCCAGUCCAGGUUUUUGAUGUAACUAAAACCCCCCCUGUGAAAGCCCUGCAGCUUUGCACUCUCCUUCCCUGUCACUCGGCCCGCGUGCUUGUUUGUGGAGGGGACGGCACGGUGGGCUGGGUCCUGGAUGCAGUCGACGAAAUGAAGAUUAAGGGACAAGAAAAGUACAUUCCGCAAGUCGCAGUCCUGCCUCUGGGAACAGGCAACGAUCUGUCCAAUACCUUGGGCUGGGGCACAGGGUACGCGGGAGAGAUCCCCGUCGCUCAGGUCUUAAGAAAUGUGAUGGAAGCAGAUGGAAUUAAACUAGAUAGAUGGAAAGUUCAAGUAACAAAUAAAGGAUACUACAACUUAAGAAAACCCAAGGAAUUCACAAUGAACAACUACUUUUCUGUUGGACCUGAUGCUCUCAUGGCUCUCAAUUUUCAUGCUCAUCGCGAGAAGGCACCAUCUCUGUUUUCUAGCAGAAUUCUUAAUAAGGCUGUUUACUUGUUCUAUGGAACCAAAGACUGUUUGGUACAAGAAUGUAAAGAUUUGAAUAAAAAAGUUGAGCUAGAACUGGAUGGUGAGCGAGUAGAACUGCCCAAUUUGGAAGGUAUUAUAGUUCUGAACAUCGGCUACUGGGGCGGUGGCUGCAGACUGUGGGAAGGGAUGGGAGAUGAGACUUACCCUCUAGCCAGGCAUGAUGACGGUUUGCUAGAGGUCGUUGGAGUGUAUGGGUCUUUCCACUGUGCUCAGAUUCAGGUGAAACUGGCAAACCCUUUUCGAAUAGGACAAGCACAUACGGUGCGGUUGAUUUUGAAGUGCUCGAUGAUGCCAAUGCAGGUAGAUGGGGAGCCGUGGGCCCAGGGCCCCUGCACUGUCACCAUAACUCACAAGACGCACGCACUGAUGUUGUAUUUCUCUGGAGAACAGACGGACGAUGAUAUCUCCAGUACUUCAGAUCAAGAGGACAUAAAGGAAACCGAGUAGAUGGAUGAGGAAUGAAAGUUUAGAAUUCUCCCAAACAAGUAGAUACAUAUUUGUCCAGGAGUAAAAUUCUCUAUCAGCUGUUUGGUCUUAAUUUCACCAGUAGUAGAAUGGGUAUACAUCUGUGUAAAUAGCAUUCCAAAAACAGCCAAAUUGCCAGUUGUUUACAGAUGCCUGUUCUUUUUUCAGCAAAAUGGUCCCGUCAUAUAGUACUAACUUUACAAAGUCCCAGAGGGCUAAUGACUUGCAGGUGAGAUGUUUGUCAUGGCUUGAUGUGUGAGAGCAGGACUCGCUCUGAGGUCCACAGUCUCCUUCCUUAUUCUUGAACACACAUUUGAUGGACAAGAUGUAGGUGGAAGAAUCAUUGCCAUCUUAAUUCUUAAUGUUGUGACACCAUCCUAACAUUUGAAAAGUUAACUUGCUUUUUUGAACGGAGAUGACUGGUGUCCUACCCCCAGGGUUAGUGCGGGGCCUUCCACCGCGGCUGGCCCCCGAAGACUUCUCAGCCUAGCACUGUGUGGAUCCAUACGGAUCUGUUUCCAGGAAACCUAAAAAGGAGAAGUGUUAAAGGAAGGCAUUACUUAAAUUUUUUAUAUAACUUUUAGGAGCAGAUUGAGACCCCCAGAUGUUGCUUGGUUAACCCUGUUAAUGACCACGUUGAGCUGAAAUUCAGCAUCUCAUUUAUGACCCUGUGGAGCCAGAAGACAGCCACACAGUUGAAUAGGUAACAGUUAACAUUCAGAGCACUUCGGAUUGAAAGUUUCCAAGCUAGACUGUUAACCAGUUUCUCCUGAGUAAGAGACAGUAUCAACGAUUGAAAAAAAGUACUACAGAAAAUGUAUUUGUCCUAUUAGUUGCUCAAAAGAAGUUUGAUAAUGAUUAGUAACUUCUAAAAGUUCAGUGGUCUUGUAGUAUUUGAAGUACAGUAGUCUUUUAUAUCCAAAGUACAGAAAUUCCCCUUGGGGAAACAGACAGAAUCCUGUGCUAAAAUGUUUAUAUCGUAUUUAUUUUAAAAUGAGAGAGAGAUUUUUUUUAUUUAUUUAUUUUCUUCAUUGUGGUAUACUUGUGUUUAGUGUUUACAAUAUAUGGCUUUAUUUAAUAAGUUAAAUUCGUCACAUAAAUUCAGCUAGUCACAAUCAGAAAUGUAGCCUAUUGACUAAAGAAGUAAAACCUAUAACUUAAUUUUCCUGGAAUAUCAUCCAGAUAUUCUCAUUCUUCGGAAAUAUUACUCAAUAUUUUUUAAAAAGAGGGAGAAUGAAGCCACUGGCAAACUACCUUUACGUAACUGAAAGUUUUGUUUCAUUGUUUUAUUUGACUCUCAAUUGCCAGAAACUGAUUGAAGGGCUGGUCUCAUGGUUCCCCAGUAGAUGGCACUCUCCCGGUGUGAACCCGCCUGAUCCCUCAGGCCAGUGAGGCACACCCUUGGGCCACCAGCCUGGUGUUUUCCUAACAAAUGGCCCAUUUGUGGGCUUGGUGGUCUUUCACGCCGUUAAUCUCUGAAAGACGAGACUGUAUCCCCCAAAACACCAUUAGCUUCCUAUAAGGAUCUAUUAUGAAUGUACCAUCCGUGAAUUGCCAUUAAACUUAAAUUCCAUUCACCUUCAGGCCAAAGCCAUGUUUUAAAGGAAAAACUUAGUAGUGAUACAGUAGUCAGUGCAUUAUAUAAAAUACUCUGAUUCUGCUUCAGUUAACCUCUUCCACAUCUCAACAGGAGAUGGUAAAUUCUAGUAUUGACAGAUUUUGCAAGCGGAUCUGUUUUCACCUUUUCAUACACCUUUCAUGGUAGGGAACCUGUCGCUAUUGGUGGCAGAGUUUUGUAGAUUUUCUUUUAUGGACCGAUCAUGUUUUGAGUAUAACGAAUCUUAUUCCUUAACUCAUGGUCGACACUGUUACAGGUAUCCCAUUUUAUAAAUCUAGGCUACAAUUUAUCUUACUAUAAUUCCACAGUGCUAAUUGUAGAAUCAAAGUAAAUAGUUUGGGAUGCCAGAAUUCAAAUCAUCAAAAUAGCUAGAAAGCUUUGGUAAUAACCAUAAUGUUACAUCGGAUCUAGAACAGGUUUAUAUACAACACCCUUGUUUAUUUAAACAAAUUGUUUUUUUCAAUUUUCAUAAUCCCAUGAGGCUUUUCCCUGCUGACCCUUCAUGAAGCUUUUCCGUUACCUUAGUCUCAGUCAUUCAGAUUCAUUUAGGAAACUUAUUUUUGAAUACCAUGUCAUCACACAUCUUAUUUUAGCAAAGUCCGUUUACUUUUUAGGCACAUUUGUCCGGCAUUUCAAAUAAAUGUACAGGCACGGGUCUUGUUUUCAAAAGGAUAGUUUACACGACUCAUGUUGCAAGUAUAUUCUAAGUAUAUUUAAGAGUCGCGGUUGUUGACAUGACCAGUGAUUCUAUACUUUACAAAAAAUCAUUUGCCAUAAUAUUUUCCUGUUCCAUUUUAAAUUGUCUUGACUAAACACGAAAACAAAUUCUGUGUUCUCAGGAAGAAAUACAUAAGGCGAAGCCUAGCUCCAUGUCUGUUUUCAGAUUCCUCUCCCCCUUUACUGUCCUCCUACAUUCCUAACCCCUUCAACUUCGUGGCUUAAACACUGAACACCUGGCAGCUCUUAUGGACCCCAUAAGUAGAUGGUGAUAAUUUCUCAGUGCUUUUUAUGUUGCGUAGAAGUCAAACUGACUUGUGUUUUAAAACACAAGUUGUCUGAUAGUGAGGUUACACGACCUUAAAUGGGUUUUAGGUUUUCUGCAGCAAUUAGCUGGGAACCCCUAAUGUAGCUACUGUUUAUAAAAAUUUUAUAGUCAAAAUUAUUUAUUUUUAUUUUUUUAGGGUGUGUCAGAAUGUGUCGUAUUUGCUUUUUGAAAUGUGUUUGCCUACUUCGAGUUGUAAAAUAUUCUGUGGCUCAGAAAUUGUCAAGUCCUUUUUGCGUUGUAAAAAUGAACACUACCAGCAUGUCAAAAGAAAAAUAGUUUGCAUUUGUAAUGUAAAGUAAAAUUGUAUUUACUGUAUAUUAUGGAAUUUUAAAUUUGCACUAACUAGGAAACUGUAAAGGUUAUGUUAAUUUACAGAUUCAUGUGGAUCCGAAUACAUCAUUUGUACUUAUUUGGCCAAAUAGGUCAGUAGAAUAGGUGAUAGUUUUGUGUGGUUUUUCCUUGAGGUGAUAACAUUGAAGCAAGAACCAGCACUUUAUACUCAGAAUUGUUUUUAAUUCUACCUGAUUUGGGACAAUGGAAUGUAGGUCGAUUUAUAAAAAAAAAUAUAUCUAGGAACUU